CUGCGGGGGCGUGCUCUGAAGACCCCGCCGGGCUGGUCCUCCAACCGCUGCUCCAGGGGGAAGAGGGCGGCUUCGCGGGGAACCCGCCGCCGCUGCCGCCGCCGCCGGGACUCCGAGGUGCGGAGAGGAUUGUUGGGAACUCGGGGUGUGCGUGAACAUCGCCGCCGCCGCUGCCACCCGGGACAGCCCAGAGAAACUCUCCGCGUGGGCGUUGGGACCCGUUGUCACAGGGAGCAAUGCUGCCCCGGUGGGAACUGUUCCUUUACCUGCUAACUUCCCUGGGCUUCCACUUCUAUUCUUUCUAUGAAGUUUACAAAACCUCCAGAGAACACGAAGAGGAACUGGACCAAGAAUUUGACCUGGAGACGGACACGUUAUUUGGAGGAUUAAAGAAGGACCCAACUGACUUCGAGUGGAACUUCUGGAUGGAAUGGGGGAAGCAGCGGCUGGCGUGGCUUCUCCUUGGCCACGUGGGUGUGUCUCAAGUGGCCAACCUGCUUACCAGGAAGCACAGGCCCUGGAUCCUCGCAGCCUAUGGGAUGUGGGCCUGCCAGUGUGUGCUGGGGGCCCAAGGCACCGCUGUGGUCCUUCUCCACACUGCCAUCUCCUACUGCGUAGCCCAGUUCCGGUCUCUGUUCCUCUCAUGGCUCUGUUCCCUCCUCCUACUCUCUACACUGAGGCUGCAAGAUGUGGAGGAAGUUAAGAGAGGGUGGUACCAGACGGAAAACGAGUACUACCUGUUGCAGUUCACGCUGACCGUUCGCUGCCUGUACUACACCAGCUUCAGCCUCGAGUUCUGCUGGCAGCCGCGCCCCGCCGGCCACACCUUCUACUCCUUUCCCUGGAUGGUGGCCUAUGUCUUCUAUUACCCCGUCUUCCACAAUGGGCCCAUCCUCAGCUUCCCGGAGUUCAUCGGACAGAUGCAGCAGCAAGAGCACGGCUCGCUGAAGGCCAGCUUUUCCAUCCUUGUCCUGGGGCUGGGCCGCCUCUUCUUCUGUUGGUGGUUGGCGGAGCUGAUGGUUCACCUCAUGUACAUGCACGCCAUCUACAGCAGCACCUCCCUCCUGAGGGCCGUCUCUUGCUGGACCUUAGGAGGACUGGCGUUGGCCCAGGUGCUCUUCUUCUAUGUGAAGUACUUGGUGCUCUUUGGUGUCCCGGCUCUGCUCAUGCGCCUGGAUGGACUCACGCCGCCGCCCCUCCCUCGCUGUGUGAGCACCAUGUUCAGUUUCACAGGGAUGUGGAGGUAUUUUGACGUUGGCCUGCAUGACUUCUUAAUCAGGUAUGUGUACAUUCCCAUGGGCGGGUCCCAGCACGGUCUGCUGGGGACACUGUUUUCCACCGCAAUGACAUUUGCGUUUGUGAGUUUCUGGCACGGUGGGAAUGACUACCUCUGGUGCUGGGCAGCCCUCAACUGGCUGGGAGUCACCGUGGAGAAUGGAGUCCAGAGGCUCGUGCAGACGCCGCGCGUCCAGAACAGCUUGGCCCAGCUCCUCUCCCCGCCAGCUCGCCGCCGAUUCCACGCUGCCCUGGCGUCUUGUUCCACCUCCAUGCUGAUCCUGUCCAACCUGGUGUUUCUUGGAGGCAACCAUGUUGGGAAAAUCUACUGGACUAGGAUCUUCAUCCAAGGUUGGCCGUGGGUGACCCUCUCUGUCCUGGGAUUCCUGUACUGCUACUCCCACGUGGGCAUUGCCUGGGCCCAGACAUACUCAUAAACUAAUGCCGCCGGCCCCUGUUGCUGGCUUCCAGGGCAGAUGGUGCUUCACUCUGACCUCGCACCCCAAGGUAACCUCCAGGGGACCAGUGCUUGAUCUGCUCAUCUUUUCUUGAAGUCACCUCUUUCCAAGACUGGAUGCUUGAGCUCACAUAACUUUGGGAACUUAGAGAUUGUCUCCCCCAGCUCCAUCAUUUUCUUGUCAAGGAAGCUGGGGUCCAGAGCUGUAAAGUGUCUUGCUUAGCUACACAUGGUGACACUGUGAUCCAGGACCCAGUUCCAAGGGGCCCGUCUUUCUCCUUUACCAAGAAUUAAAUGGAAGACAUUUCUUGACUGAGGCAGAGAAAUCCUGAUUAGUGAUGGACUUGUCCUCCACCGGGCAGUAUUUCUGAAACAUGUUGGUGGUGUUGAAGUAACCCCCCCUCCCCCCGUUCUCCCCUGUCCUGCAGUCACGUCUCUAGAACCAGCACUGGGGUUUAGCCUCACACUUUAUCUCCUCAGCAGGUAGGUAACAGAGCCACAGCUGUGUGUCUAAUUCCCCGGGCAGAGAGGACAGAACGUGUUCUGUGGCAUCACAAGGAGUCCGUACCCAAGGAGAGCUGUUCUUUGAGCUUCACCAGGGUGAUCUACACUUGGCUGCUUGCUUCCUAGAUUUUCAGAGAAAUAUAAACAUGGCAGUUCCCUACUUGACAACUAAUUGUUCAAGAUAUUAAAAAAAAAAAGCAGAAUUAAAAAAAAAAACCAGGGAAUAAUGUAUCCAUAGACAGGCGCUAUCAGGCAAGUCACAGAGGGUAAGGAUGACUUCCUGUGGCCUCUCCGCUCUUUACGCACGUCCCAACAGCCGUCUUCCCACCGACUGGCUUAUACUCAGUGGUUUAUGUUUUGUUGUGUUUUGUUUCAAAUACAAUAGAGUCUUUUCCAUCACAUAGAUAACCCACAUUUUUGUAGAAUUGUUUUGAAUAUUUUAAGGCAAAUGUUUACAAUCUAAACACACUGACAUAAUUCUGAAUUAUUCACUGGAAAGAUGCCGGCAGGCCACUAAUGGCCUCAAGUGGUAGAUAAUUCAGAAUACUUCUAUUUGGUUUUGGCUUUUUUGUUUGUUUGCUUUGAAGGGGCAGGGGUUAAGUGAAGCAGCUUUAAAAUUUGAAUCCAUAGUGUACCCAAUUAUGGGAGAACCGGAACAUCUCAGGCCCAGGAAUUAAUUGUCAUUGAGGGGAAGGUGCACUUGGACCUGCUCUGUGCCCCACUGUCUCACAUUGCUCAUUUGGUAUUGUCCUUGUGUCCUGGCUAUCGUUAUUAGCUCAGUGAGGUCUAAACUCCUAGAGUGCAGGACCAGUCAUUUUGCUGGUGUCCUUUCUUCCUAGCCACUCUGCUUGGAAGAAGUGGGGAGGGGACCAGAGGUGGACGACAAGGAGUGGGCACACACCAUGUUAGCUGCAGAAGACAGAGGCUGGAGGGAGACAGGCAGGACCAGGGCAGCUGGGUUAGUAAAGGAGAAAGAGACACAGGCUGGUGAAUCCAAGGUACUGGAAAGUUUUAAGGAGGCGGUAAGGUUGAGUUAGUGAGCAGGCGAAUGAAUACAGUACAACUUCAUGGGCUUUUAACACUAAUUCAAGAUCUGUAGUCAGCCAGAGGGCAUUUGGUUGAAGUUGACCUGCAAGGGAAGAGCUUGCUAAGGGAAAAAGGUAGUAUGAAGAUGAUUGUAAGGAUGUGUCUAAUAUAUGUGCAUAUAGAUAUAUAAAACGCAAAAUAUUUUCAACUCUUCAGACACCAUUUAUAUAAAAACAAAUAGGCUUAUUCACUCAUUAAACUGUACUGGAAGAGUCAGUGAAUAUACUUGAAAGCAAUAAUCCUGAAUUUCUUUUAAGCUAUUAUAUGAUUUAGAGUGGGUCUUAGGAAUUAGUAAAUGAUUACUGUGUUUAGCUGUAUGUAUACCGAAGCCUGAUUAACCAACAGGUGGAUUAUCCAGAACCACUGUUCUCUUAACUUGAACCUCUUGCUGUCCUCCAGCUGUAACGUGGAAAUGAUAAUAUGUCUCUUUUCAUGCCUGUGACCUCAGCUCUUGGAGUUGCUUUAAGUUAAAGACCCUUGAGGUGUCUGGGCAGACAGAGCAGUUCCAGCUGAGGAACAUCUGACGUGUCACUUUCCAUAGUUAGCAGCCCUGACCACAGGGCUGGGGAACAACUAGACAGAUCCUAAGGUUGCUUCUAGCCCCAGGAUCUUCUGACUCCCACCUGGUUCUGUGGGCACCUCGGACAGCUCCAAGCGUGAUCGCCAUGGUGAUCCCCAAGGAGGCGCGUAAAACAUCUGAAGGACAGACAGAUGCUGGUCAUUUUGACUAAUUCUUGGGACCAUGCAAGAAGACUGAGAGGUAUUUCAUUAUUUCUUCAGAUCAAUUUGUUCGAAGUGACAGCAGAAAAAGCCUUUUGUUCUAUCAGACUGCAGACCUAGGAAGAAAAUAUAUCAAUCAUAUAAUAAUUGUAUAAUGAUCUAUAUAUUGGGAGAAUAGUAAUUUAGUGGCAGUGGUUUUCUCCUUAGAGAAAUUGAGGCUGCUUAUUGCUUAUUUAAAAUAAUAAUCAUUGACUUUAAGAAAUUAACUGUACUAUAAUGAGUUUCUUCUCUAUCAAAUGUAUUCCUACAAUAGGGCCAACUCAUGAGAAACCAGAUUAUCUUGACAGCACUGGCCUUUCUCAGUGCAUGUUGCGAUGGCUCUGUGAGGCCUUUCUUCAGGGAAACUGUUAUUUUAAAACAAACCAACAAAAUCCCUCUUUUUUAUGGUUGAAACCAUUUGGCACCCAAAAUGUAGUAUCUGUUCCUUGGCUCUGUAUCACUGGUCCUUUUGACUAAUUAUAAAAAUCAUAUUCACAAAGAAAGAUUUUUUUUCACUGUUGAGGAUAUCUAAAGAAUGCAAUAUUUAGUGCUUUCUUAGGUGAGACUUUUUAAAAUGAACAUCAAUCAUUUAGAAUUUUAAAAAAUCACGCUUAAAUUAGUUUUAUUAUGCUUUUCUGCACUGUAAAUAAUAGUGUAUGAGAAAGUGAUUAAAAGUACUGGAUUUAUAUUGCGGCUGUGUGAAAUCCGUGUGAAAUCAAGGAGGGUCCUGAAUAAGGCUUGCAAAUCACAGAUUCCUCAUCCCUGAAUUACAUUCUGCUGUCUAUAAAAAGAAUGCCAUUUUUGAAAUGUCCAUUGGUAUUAAAUAAGAACUAUUGGUGGUAUCAUGGAGAAUCUUGCCAUGAGCAGGAAGCAAUGCCCAUUAGACCACAGCAGAACUGAAACAGUGCUGGUGGAUAGGACUAGUUUAGGGGCAAGCGGUCCUCUACCUUAAUAGCUUCUGAGACCAUCAAUGAAUUAAAGCACAGGUCAGCACUCCUAUUGUUAACACUGAGUCAUUCUGAAAAGAUUCAGUUAAAUUUUUGUAGUAUAUUUUAAAGGUGGAAAAGCAUUAAUACACAAAUUUCAACCCAAAUUGUUCAAGGUUAAAAAGCUCAGCCCUAGGUGGGAGGUCACCUUCAGUUAUGUGUUAAAUCAACAUGCUGUACCCCAAUUUUCCAGUGAUGCCAGGGUUUGAAGGCAUCUCUGUACGUUUGUGUAGCAGGUAACUAUUUCAAGAUCAUACGGCAGGGCAUCUUCACCCCCAUUCUCUCACUGUGCAGUACUUUGACACACAAUCUUGGUGUCUCUAGAAUUUUAAGUUCUCAAAGACCCCACAAUUACAAGUGCUGUCCAAAUUAGAGCUCCCCAGGCCCCUGACAAGGAGAAAGUACCACCCGCCUGGUUCUGUCAUCUCAGGUCAGACCACCCAGUUCAAUGCCUUGAACGUACAUAAGGAAAGGCAGCAGCACUCAUGUAUCAUCAUGUAUAAAAUAGUUUAUUACCAUAAUAAAUAAACUUUUUUUUUAUUUUACAAA